GGAUUAAUGAGAGUGAAAUGGUCCUUUGCCAACACUUCAUCAACAUGGAAGACAAUCAGUCUUCACCACCUCAAUUCACUCAGAAGCUCCGGAGCCAGGAAAUUGCUGAAGGAAACAAAGUACUUCUGGAGUGCAGAGUUGUUGGCAACCCAGUCCCUGAUGUCAGAUGGUUCUGUGAGGGAAAAGAGCUUCAGAAUACCCCUGACAUCCAGAUCCAUUCUGGAAGUGGAGGACUUCAUUCACUAAUUAUAGCAGAAGCCUUUGAAGACGAUACUGGACGCUAUACUUGUCUGGCUUCAAAUUCCAUUGGUUCAGAUAGUACAUCAGCUGAAAUAUUCAUUGAAGGUGCAAGUUCCACGGAUUCAGAGAGUGAAAGUAUAAUUUGCAAAUCAAAAUCUGGAGCUAUGCCACAGGCCCAAAAGAAAACCACCUCAGUUUCCUUGACCAUAGGAUGUUCUACACCAAAAUCUGGGGUCACCACAGCUGUAAUUCAGCCUAUCUCUGUGCCCAGUCAGGAGGUUCAGAGCCCUACUUCAUAUCUGCACGAUGUGGAUGGACCUAAACCUAUCUAUUCUGCACCCAUUUUUACAAAGGAGCUACAAAACUCCACAGCAUCUGAGGGACAAGUUGUGGUAUUGGAAUGCAGGGUCAGAGGACUCCCUCCCAUUCAUGUUAAGUGGUUUCGACAGGGCAUUGAAAUUCAAGAUUCUCCAGAUUUCAGAAUUCUUCAGAAAAAGCCACGAUCUGCAACUGAACCUGAAGAGAUAUGUACCCUUGUAAUCGCAGAAACAUUUCCUGAAGAUUCAGGACUUUUCACAUGCACAGCAGAGAAUGAACAUGGUUCAGUAACAAGCAGUGCACAACUAACCGUCUGUUCAGCCAACUCAGAAAGCUCUAAUCAUGAAUCACUGACAAGAGAAUCCAACAGUGAUGAUUUCCAUCAUUUCCCACCACUUCUUCCAGUUGAAAUUAGCUCUCUUGAGCUUCCUCCUAAGAAACAUAUGGAGGCCCACCAAGCAAACAAUGCUGAGCUGAGCUCUGGUAUGACAGCCCUUCAGCUACAGCUCAGUUCAUCUGAGGAAAAGACAAAUGGUAUUCAUCCUAUUAAUGAAGUAAAUGGAAUUAACAGCAAGUCAAAUGGUGACAAAUCCAUCCCACCUCCAGCUGCCUUGCUUUCACCCACAAAGGAGCCACCACCUGUGCUUGCCAAACCAAAGCUAGAGGUGAGAAACUACAGCAAUGGUGCCUAGGGGGAUGAAAAAGAGACUAAACAGGAGGGGAAAAGAUAGAAUUCCUAAAAUUACUGAUGGAGAAUGUUUCUGUUCCACUUCAAAUUUCCAUUCUCU